CAUGUGCUGUUUGUUGUUCCCUCUGUGGACCGAUACUUGCCUCCCGCGAUGCCGGAGCCAGCUAAAGCUGCACCGAAGAAAGGCUCGAAGAAGGCGGUGACCAAAACAGCGGGGAAAGGGGGCAAGAAACGCAAGAAGACCCGCAAGGAGAGCUACGCCAUCUACGUGUACAAAGUCCUGAAGCAGGUUCACCCUGACACGGGCAUCUCCUCCAAGGCCAUGAGCAUCAUGAACUCUUUCGUCAAUGACAUUUUCGAGCGGAUCGCCGGAGAGUCGUCCCGCCUGGCUCACUACAACAAGCGCUCCACUAUCACGUCCAGAGAGAUCCAGACCGCCGUGCGCCUCCUACUGCCCGGAGAGCUGGCCAAGCACGCCGUGUCCGAGGGCACCAAAGCAGUGACAAAAUACACCAGCUCCAAGUGAGAACGCCACAGUGAAAGACCCAACACUUUCCCCAAACGGCUCUUUUAAGAGUCGCCCACGGCGCAUACGAGAGCACGCCUUCUCUCUACUGCCUCGCGGUGCGUUACAGAACAGAGGAGCGGCGAGCUGGUAGCAGUAUUAGCGCUGUGUGGGAGUCGAUUCGAAGUUGUUUUCUGAACAAAUAUAAUAAACCGUAGAAAACAAUAAAAUAACUACGAAUAUAAAAAUC